UCCGAGAGUUUCUCAGUCUCCUCAGCAGCUGAAGGCUUCCAGAGCCAUGCCACUACCCCAGAUCCCGUGAACCCUUGGAGAGGAGCUCGCUAACCGGGCUGAGCAGCGUCCUGGACGCUGGGGAUCUGAAACCACGGGAGCUUUGAGGAGAAGGCCUUGAUAUCUUGGGAUACAAGAGAUGUGUGCAGCUUUAAGGACUUUUAGAGAGCCACUGGGAGAAUAAGGAAUCACGGAAGACACCAAGAACCGGUGAACCACAAGGAUCUCAAUUGGAGAACAAAGGUUAGAAGACAUCUGGGUGAAGCAUUGGAUUUACCACUUUUUGGAGGUCUAGGAACAUAAGGGUAAACUGAAGAAACCAACAAAAGCAGGUGAGGCGUUAACAGAAGCAACCAUGAGAGACAUAACAUGGUGCAUGGGCAUCAUGCUCUGCCUCUCCAUCUGCUUGUUCGGCAAGAGCCACUCAGGAAAUGCACUCACACAAUCUCGACAACGGCGAGCACCAGCCGAUGACUCCAAGAAGUGCUCCUACACUUUCUUGGUGCCCCAGCAGAAGAUCACAGGGCCGAUCUGCGCCUCUGCCACAGGGCCCGAGCCAGACAAAGACCGGGUGACACGUAUAGACAUUGCUGAUGUGCGGGAGGUCCUAUCCAAGCAGCGGCGGGAGAUCGAGAUGCUGCAACUAGUGGCGGAUGUGGAUGGGAACUUGGUAAAUGAGAUGAAGCUUCUGCGCAAGGAGUCUCGUAACAUGAAUUCCCGAGUGACUCAGCUCUACAUGCAGCUGCUUCAUGAAAUUAUCCGCAAGAGGGACAACUCCCUGGAACUGGCCCAACUAGAGAACCGUGUGCUAAACGUGACCACAGAGAUGCUCCGACUGGCCUCCCGUUACAAAGAGCUGGAGCUACGUUUCGCAGGCCUUGCUGCCACAGUUAACAACCAAUCUGUGCUUAUCGCCGCUCUGGAGGAUCGUUGUCUUCGUGGAUAUGGACGUCAAGAUCUGCCGGCAGUUCCGCCGCUGGUGCAGGUGGUGCCGGAGAGCAUUCCAGCAAACAACAAUCGCUUCACCAAUGAGAUUCAGAGGGACAACAACAACAGAGCCUUUCCUAGAGGAUCACGAAUGGAUGCUCCAACGCCCGACCCGCUGGGAAUCCCACCACCUCCACAGGGCACCCUUACUUCAGAUGGCCCAUUCAGAGACUGUUUUCAGGUGCGGCAGGCGGGACACAGCACCAGUGGGAUGUAUCUGUUAAAGGCAGAGGGCAAUGAUAGACUGAUUCAGGCCUGGUGCGAACAUAAAUUAGACAACGGAGGCUGGACCGUAAUUCAGCGAAGGAAAGAUGGAUCUGUUAACUUCUUCAGGAACUGGGAGAACUAUAAGAAAGGCUUUGGGAACAUAGAUGGAGAACACUGGCUGGGCUUGGAGAACAUCUAUAAUCUAGCCAAGCAGGGGGACUACAAACUGCUGGUGGAGCUGGAGGACUGGGUUGGAAAGAAGGUGUACGCAGAGUACAGUAGCUUCCAUCUGGAGUCUGAGAGUGAGGCCUUCAGGCUAAGACUGGGCACCUACCAGGGCAAUGCCGGAGACUCCCUUACGAGCCACAAUGGAAAACCCUUCACAACGCUUGACCGGGAUAAAGACGCCUUUACAGGCAACUGUGCUCAUUUCCACAAAGGCGGCUGGUGGUACAACGCGUGUGGUCAAACGAAUCUGAACGGCGUGUGGUACUCUGGCGGCGUGUAUCGCAGCAAGUUCCAGGAUGGGAUCUUCUGGGCGGAGUAUGGAGGCGGGUUCUACUCGCUCAAAUCAGUCCGUAUGAUGAUCCGGCCAAUAGACUGAGGUUUUUUUCCCAGGACCACACCUUCUUACCAACCCUGAUUGAGUCUAAAUUGCUUGAAUGCACUCAUAAUUCACUUCAGCACUUAUUUAUAAUCACACAUUCAUGUUUAUGAGGACUGACAAGUAUAACACAUUAUAGUCGUCACUGGUACAACACCGACAAAAAACAUGAAAAGGAAGAGUGGAAGGACAUGCGUUUCUCCAGACUUUCUUUGGUCCAUCCAAAUGCGGAGAAGAUGACCUAGUAAGAACUAAAAGCUGAAGUUGGACAUGGACUGCUCUUCCCCAUCUCCUACAUUUUUUCUUUAUUGUCGUUCUUACAUUCUUCUCCAUUGUUGUCCGUUCCUUCUGACUCUUCUUCAUUGCCUGGACUGAUGACAUCAUAGGUUUUUAAAUCAAAGAUCUUCUCAACUAUCCAGAUUUCAGCCUCUGGCUUGUGUGUCUGUAACAAUAAGGACUGGCACUGGGCUGAACUGUUCGCCAGGCCCCGUUUUAAUUCGGGGUAAUGUUGGUCUGUAAAUAUACUUCAUGUUUUAUAUUUGUUUGUUUUGUAAGAGUUAAUUUAAGGACUCACCUCCAGACCACAGUAUUCAUUUGUUAUUUAUGUAUCAGUGAUCUGUAUUUAUAACAGCUAUACUCCUCCAAUCAUCUACUCAUCCCCGAUUAUGAUGUACCAUUGUGCUUUUGACAAACUUUUGUAUACUUUUUGUAUACCAACAGAGAGAAUAUUACAUUCGACACCAGGGUUAUAAUAACCGUGGAAAUUGAAAGGGACACAUCCCCCGACAUCUAUCUUAGAAGUCAAUAAGUAUGCAUUUUUCAUAACUAAAUCUUAAACUCAGUGUUAUUUUUUUAAUAAUAUGACAUUUUCAAUUGAAACAAGACAUUUAGACAAAAAUGCAGGGCUGAACUAGAUUUCAUUUACUGGGAGUUGAGCAGAUUGUAGAAAGUGGAUGUUAAAGGGUAAGUUCACACAAAAAUGAAUAUUUGCCCAUUAUUUACGCACCCUCCAGGCCUCCUAGGUGUAUAUGACUUCCUUCUUUCAGAUGAAUGCUAUCGGAGUUAUAUUAAAAAUUAUACUGGUACUUCCAAGCUUUAUCAUGGCAAUAGGUGGGUGUUUCUUUUCAUCAGUCCAAAACAAGUCCAAUAAAGUGCAUCCAUCGAUAAUAAAAAGUGCCUCACAUGGCUCCGUGGGGUAAAUAAAGGCCUCCUGUAGUGCAUUUUUGUAAGAAAAAUAUUGAUAUUUAAAAACAUAAUAAUCACUUUAAUCUAGCUUGCGCCAACUGGUUUUACACAGAAGCCAUUCCGGGCAGAUGACAUAUGACGUCAGCAUUGCAUGUGGACCGUUCAGAAGUGGUGAACGUGAACGCUACGUGGAGAGAAAACAACAAAACAAAGGUCACGAAUUAGCAGUACAAAACGAGGAUUUGUAAAGAAAAA